AUGAUGGUGAAUAGUAGUAAUGCUGAAGUCAAUGGAGGGACGUUUGCAAACUUUUUGAAAUUAAAAUGGCGAACGUCUUUAAAGGACCCAAAGUUAAAUACGAGGCAUCGAAUUCCGAACACAGUGGAUGAUAUCGAAAGGGAUUGGGUCAGACACAGUGCUUUAAAAUUAGCAUUUGAGGGAGAUUUUAAGGCUCCAAUUCAAAGAUUAUUACAAGCAGGCGGGAGUGAAGUAUUAGAUAUUGGCUGUGGUGCAGGAUUCUGGACCUCUGAUAUGGCUUCCCGAUUUCCCAUCUCCUAUUUUACAGGAGUGGAUAUUGAUAAGAAUGUGUUACCCAACAGCCCAUCCUCUCGAAAUAUAUUUUAUCAACGUAUAGACCUCAUUGAACUUCCUUUACCUUAUGAAGACGAUACAUUUGAUUACAUCUUUAUUCGAUCCAUGAUUGAUACUUUACCCGAUAAGAUGUGGGACGACGUCUUAAAGGAAUUAGUCAGGAUCAUGAAAAAAGGUGCUUAUAUCGAAUGUGUAGAAGCCUAUGACAACCUUUUCGAUGCAGGACCCUCCAUGAACACCUUGACACAACUCAUUCAAACAACAUUACAACAACCUCCUGAAUCACCCACUGCAUAUACAACCAAUCAUAUACCCUCAUCCAUUAAACCCAAUAAUCCAUGGCCCAACAGGAUUGCCAAUCUAAGCCAAUUGAUGGGCAUGCAGAUCUAUCAUACGCAUACUCCUGUGGGAUUAUAUGGUGGAGCCAUCGGCUCCCUCUUAUUAGAAUAUUGGGAACGUAUCGUCAAGAGUCUGCAGAGAGAAUGGAUCACUCAAAAGUUAAUAGCCGAAGAUGAAUUGGAUCGGACGCUGGAAGCCAUGAAGGAUGAAGUAAAUGAAUAUAAUACUUACAUGUCUUGGUAUUCCGUGGUGGCACAGAAAAGAGGUUACAUUGGUCCUGUGAUUCAGUUUGAUGAUGUGGAUGAUUUUGAUGUAGUACACACCACCAUAUUUUAA